UUAACACAUAAUGUUUGGGAUGGACACGAUGAAAAUUUACAUCAACUCAAUAGACAACUUAAUAAAGAUGCUGAUUGGACUUUAUCAGAUGGCAAAAAACUUUCCAAUGAGGAGUUUUAUAAUCCAUCAGAACAAGAAGAGAUUGAUACUAUAUCAUGGAAAGGUGGUGCUUAUGUGUUAGGCGGUGAUACUGAACGUACUAAAAUUCUUUCUAAACAUGAACUUUUAGCUGAUGCUGCAUUAAUGUGA